AUGACCGAGUCAUUCGAGAUGAAAGAUUUAUACUCUCAAGACUCUCAAGGCCCAAACGAUUCAGAUUCUAACGAGACUACAUUUACAGUUGAUGGCACCCUGUCGCUAUGGUCGUGGACAACCGCGAUUUUAAUCACUACUUUGGCCGCUGUAUUCACAUUAUUUCCUCAACUUCAACUUUUCCUCUCUCAAACUGUGCCAGCUUCAUCUACCGAAUAUCGAACGAGUCUUACGCCUCUAGAGUCAUUUCUCUCGACACAUUUUGGUUUAUGGCUAAUGGCAUUGGCAGCUUCCCUCGUUUUGAAUAUUCCUAUGGCAUCUCCACCUGUAGCCCGGCGUGUCACGAACCCUGAGCACCCUGUACUGAUGCCAUUCACAAUUACCGCCCUUUUUGGCGCUUUCUUGUCCUACAACACCCGUUCUGUUGGUUCGCUCGCCUCAGUCUACUUCUUUGUUACAGGUGUUUCUGGAAUAUGGGGAUUAUGGGCGCUCGUCUUUGGAGGGGCUCCUUAUCUUUCCAAGAAGACCGGCGCAGACAAACGUACAUCCGCUUUCAUCUUUGGCAACAAAUCUGCAACAUCUCAACAAAAGAAGAGACAGAGAGAGGGUCAAAAGAAACCCUGA